GGUAACCUGCAGACAAUGGCGGUCUCCCAAACCUCAGUGCAUCUUCUUCCACUCUUGGUGGUUGGGAUCGCAUGUGUUUCCUCAUUGGCCUUAACAACUUCCAACACAACAGAAGUUCAACAUCUACCAAUGCUUCACAACAGCACUGCUUCAACACCAGCCAAUGGUAUUUCUGGAUCUUGCCACGGCAUAAAUCUACAAGAUGCCAGUCGCAGUAUAUGGAUGGCAGCAGAUGUGUUUGUAAGGGAUCUUACUUGUAAAAGAUCUGAUGCAAAUGCAAGCCUGUCAGAGGAACUGUUUCUGGAGAUGGAACAAAACAUUCGGCACUUAGUGGACUCGUCCUUAAAAGCUUACUUGAUCCAGGGUGACAACCAAUCCAGAGCUGAUCUUCUGGAAAUAUUUGGAGUCCUGGAUAGUCUAAAUCUGGGUGACUACCGUGACCCAACAUUCAUCAGACUGUGGUUCUCUCUCAAGAUGGCUCCUCUUUUGCCUUACGUGGCUCAAAGCUUCUUAGUCCAACUGGGCAACCAGAACUUCAGCUGCAGUUCUUACCAACAAAUGAUGGAGUCUAUGUCCACUGAACUUCAGAAAACACAAGGUGUUGACAGGGAACUAAUCUACAGUAAUUUCAUCAAAGUGUUCCUGUCAAGAACAAACUCACCAGACCCUGGAUGCAAAGACAAAAGUACAGGAAGUGAAGAAUGGCUGCAAAUAAACAUUGGGAUUUUUUUUAAAUUUGCAACUAUUAAGGAACUUAAAGAAAUGAAUAACAACUUCUCUGCCAUUGAAGUCCUGGAAAAACUUUCACUGCAACAGAAGGCUGAGCUAAUACUGGAUCCAGACAGCGGCGCUUUGGAGGAUGUCAACUUUGUGAGGGAGGUGCUCACCAGCUUGAAACUGUUCGGCCAGGACGAACAGCUCAGUCAGUUUUUCCAGACGUUUGCACAAAUCAGCGAGAAGAAAAACACUACCUUCAUCACAAACGCAGUUGUACGAGAAACCAUACUGAACAUAAGCCUGACAGCCCUUGUGCCUGCAUUUGAGAUCUUUGGAGCACAAGAAUUCCAGCUGUGGUUCCAAGUCUACCUUGUUCCUGUGAUGCCAAGUCUCCGUCCUGCCUACCUGUGGGUGAUUCCAAAGGACAUCAGCUGUGCAUCCUACAUGGCCAUUCUCACUGGUCUUCAGAAAACAUUGAACUUCCCUCUACCACUGGAGUUGUCAAUGGGCAUCAAUUCAAGCAUCGAGUUCCUCAAAGAGACUUUCCCACGUUGCUUGACACCAGAAUCUUUCACGUGCAAGGAAACAGUUGUUGAUGAGAACCUCCUCUGCGCUGAGGUCAAUAGGUCACUAGUCCAACAAACACUGAAAGCUGACAACUCCUCCGCAGCCUUGUGCUCUUUUACCAUCACUGAACAUGCCUGCUCUGUGGCUGACCAGCUUGCACCGCAAAACCUGGCCACACUGCUGAAGUGCUCGCUGGAAAGCCAAAUAACAUACCCCGUAGAAGUGUGGAAGCUCUACUUUCAGAAAGUUUCCUCUUCCCUGAAUGACACCCUUCAGACAUUUGCCACCAUGACCUCCAACAACAGCAGGCCAGCCUUAUCAAACGCCCUUGAUGCUCUGAGAGAGGUGCGACUUGCCAACCUCAGCGACGCAGAACUACAGAGUAGGACUGUCAUGGGGGAUCUGGUCCAGAGAGUUAUUGGUCCAUUCUUGGCCUCCCCAUCCACAAACUUCCUGUUCUGCCUCAGCUCCUACAACUUCAGCUGCCUGACCUACCAGAUUGUUGUCAAGGAAUUGAGCAACCAAAGGCAACUCAUGAACAGUGAUAAGCAGCAAGCAGUCUUUACUUAUUUCAUCAAACCGUUCCUGUCACGAAAGGAGUCAUUGGAUCCUGGCUGCACUUUGUCCAGCAAUGGGAGUCAGGAUUGGCUACAGGCAAACCUCGGCAGCUUUGCUGGUUUUGCAACCGUCCAGGAUUUGCAAACCCUCAACCCGCACGUGUCUACCAUUGAAAUAUUGUCAGUACUGACUCCCUCUCAAGUGGCACAGCUCCUAAUAAGUGCAGGGAGCUCAAAUGACACAACCCUGAUUGAUCUUGCCUUUGACCGACUUGAAAAGCGUGAUGCUCUGGAAAACCUGGACGAAUUCCUCACACAGCUCUCAGUGAACGGACAGGUCCUACAGUUCCAGACAGUGGUCCGAGAUCGUGCGAUGACAAGAACCUUUUACAUCCUAAGGCUACAUUUCCUGAGCUUCAGCUCACAAGAGUUGUAUCUUUGGUUCCACGUGAGACUGGUUACCAUCCUUGCCAGUUUCACGCCACAGAUGCUCAACAGUACGAUAUCAAGCAUGAGCUGUGCAAACUAUCACGUCGUUGUGGGAGGGAUUGCCAAAGUGUUCCCUGCCAUACCCCUGCUUAGACGACGAGGAAUCGCUUCUGUUCUGCUGGCCUACCUCAAAAGCUCUACCAUUGUCAUCGACAAGCCAGCUUGCAGGAUGGGACUUGAGACUGAUGUUGAAUGGAUUGAAACAAACCUGGGACCCUUUUCUCAAUACACAACUUACUCUGACCUCAAAGCCUUCAACCUCUCAGAUCUGAACAUCCUUGAUUCCUUUUCUCCAACCCAACUGGCUACAUUCCUCCUUGAACCAAACAUCCUAUCCAAUGAGAAUGUUGUAAUAAUGAUUUUCAGAAGACCUGUGCUUUCAGCAUCUAUGGCAAACCUUGAGUCAUUUUUUGAUACAUUUGUUCAUGGCGCAGCUGAAACAACAGUCAGUCCAAGAAUUCGUGACACCAUCCUGAAUCUUACUUUAACAGUUCUGGGCCCAAAGUUUUAUCUGCUGAAUGAGGAAGAAUUCAAAUUAUGGUUCCAGGUUUAUCUUCCUCUUUUCCUGCCAAGUGUUGACUCACAAGCAUUUGAAAUUAUUCCCAGAAAUAUUACCUGCAGCUCUUAUCAGAAAAUUCUCAAAGGGUUCGACAGCAUUUUCAAUCAACUUUCAGAAGAACAAACUCAGCUGGUUUUCAUGUUUGCAUUGGACUAUCUCAGGGGACAGUUCCACACAGGUAUUGCUUGUGUAACAUCUGAUAACAGGCAUUGGCUAGAAGACAACUUUGGCUAUUUCAGAUUUCAAGCCUCCAUCAUGGAUUUUCUGUCUUUAAAGAAUGAUUUCAGAGGAGUGGAAGUUGUGGAUGUUCUCACGAUCAGUCAGUUGAGCCAGCUUGCAACAAUUCCCUCACAGCUAAACGGGAUACAAGACGUGAGGGAAGUCCUGGGAGCAAUCCAGACAGCUGAUUUUGGUGCUUUCUUUGACACAGUCUCACCAGUGAUUGAGAUCCAGUCUGCCAACUACACACUAGAGGUAAAAUCCUCCUUCCUCCAGACAGUUCUGGAAAGAGGAGUGCUGUCCUUCCCUUCUGUUAGUGAUGAGGAGUUCCUGCAGUGGAUGAGGGUGCGGCUGAGGCCUUUUUUGGUCAAUAUUUCAUCUAGUCUGGUAGAACGACUUUUCAGCAUUGGGACAAACAGGAGCUGCAACAGCAGCCAAGAGAUGAUUACAGUGCUUGACAAGGUACAAAUGACGCUUAGCACUGAAACCAAACAACAGAUCUACAACAAUAUAGUCCUCUUCUUUCAAGGCCUGGCAUGGGUAAAGUGUUAUGAAGGUGGAAGCUUCUACCGCUUCAUGAAGAGCAACUUCCUCAACUUUGGUUUUCCUGAUGUGUCAACAUUCAUCUCUUUUCUGCCAUCAACAUGCAAGUCAGAGCUCCUAAAUACCAUCAGCACCUCAGAAAUGCGUCAGUUCCUCAGCCAACCUGAUGUCACCCAGAACACUUCAAACAUCUGUGCCAUCUUUAACAACUACAACAAAACCUCUCUGUUCCUACAAAAUGAGGACGUCCCAGAUGAUGUGAGGAGGAUCAUCCUUCCCUGUGUUUGGCCUUUGGCUCUGAGCAGCAACAAAACAUCUGAGGUUGAUCUGUGGUUUAACGUACGUUUGAGGAACUAUCUGAGGUUCCUCACUAAGGACCUUCUGAACUCAAAUGAGGUGCAAAAUGCCUCAUGUCUCUCCUUCCAGAAAAGGGUGUAUAUUAUGGGGAAAUCUUUCACAUACAACAGUUCAGAAUUUGGACAAAAAGAUGUGUACACCGCCAUCAGGAGCUACCUGACAGCAGGUUCUGGAGCCAGAUGCUACGAUCCCAGAGAUCCAGAGCUGAGUUCUACCUCCUGGUUUGUCAGCUACAUUGGCAGCUUUGUUACAUUUAUCACUUUGGAUGAUCUCACCAGCUUUAUCUCCACCUCUCAGCUGGAGAUAUUCCUGGAGGAUUACUCUAACCUGGAACUCUUCAACAACACAGCCAUCUCUAAAUACGUAACAGACUACUACAUCACCCAGCUCUAUGCAUUCAAGCCGAACUUCAGUCUAUUCAAGCUUCCAGGCUCUUUAUUAUGUUCCUCUGACAUCCCAAGCUCAGUAUUUUCCUCUCUUACUGAAUCUGAGACGAUGGUCAUCUUGGAAAAACUGAAGACAUUCUGUAAUGGGACAGAAGAUCCUGAGGUAUCUGCAGCUCUGACAUCCACCAUCAAGACCUUCACAAAGGAAACCUUUGAAGAACUUGGCAACGCCUCUUCAGCACUGACCAAAGAUCAGAUCCUUACAGUGCCAUCUUCUGUGCUGGUUUCCUCUUUGCCCACCCUGGGCUCUGUGAAAAACUGGGGCCAGGACCGGGCCACCACUGUCAUCCAGUCCAUCACCUCCUCAGGAUUUCAGGUCAACAGCGCAGCCUCUCUGGAGUCCCUGGGAACUCUUGUUGUUGGACUUCACUCAGAGUCAAUUCAAAAGAUCUCAGCUUCCGAAAUACUCAGCGCCUCCCAGAGGCCCAACGUCGUUUCCAACAUGCUGGAAGCCUCAAAGGUUGUCCAGGAGACUUUUGUCAGAAAGAUCAUUUCUGUGGACGCAAAUCCAGUUAAAUUGGUGGAGAAUGUCCCUGAUGUCCUAGCAAGUGAGAUCCCAUCUUCACUGCUGGUAUUUUCGGAGAGCACAGUCAACAUCAGCAUGAUGAACAAAAAGACGUGGACUCCAGAUCAGUCCGCCAUGUUUAUUUGGACAUUGGGUGAAUCAGGCUUUGACAUCGAACAGCUUUCGCCGUCUGUGCUGCAAGGCUUCAGUUGUUCAUCGGUUCAGAAAAUGUCUAAAGCCAAAAUCAAGCAGAUGAUUCGUGCCUGUCGACCGAGGAAAGGCAGAGCCAAGGUGGACCUGGAGGAACCUCAACUGACCUGCAUGUACAACCUGAUCCGUGACGACCUCUCUCAGAACUUCACAGAUUAUCCUCCAGACAUGCUUCUCUACUUGGACUCCAAAAAUGUCCAGAAAGCAAACUGCAGGUCCUACUUUUCUGCCCUGGGUGCCGCAGACUUUUCUGUGGCCUCCAGCAUCUUGAACAAGGGCCCACAGAAGUUCAGGGAAGCUAGAGACUGCUUGGGGAUCAGUGGCGACAGCCUGAGCAGAGACAAUGUGGAGGUCCUGGGGAACAUGGUCUGCACUCUGGAUAGAUCCGACAUUGAGAAUUCAGAUCCUCUCAUCCUGGAAAACCUCAAAGCCUGCAAAGACCUCUCUGCCAGCCAGGUGGCUGCUAUGGAAACACUGCUGCUGUCUGGGAAAACACAAUACGGAUAUGUAACCAACUGGGACCAGCAAACACUGGAGGAUCUCAAGAUACUUCCCUUUUACUUUACAAGAACCUUCUGGGACCGGUUUACAAUUUCAAUGAAGAGGAAAUUCCUUAAGGGUUUUCUUCCAGACUUAAGGAAACAAAAUCCACACAAGAACAAGCUGAAGUACCUCUUCAAACAGAUCAGCCCAGUUUUAGUAAAAACAGGAGAAGGAUGCACUGAGGGCAACAUCACCCAGGUGACUGUUAGCGACCCGUCUUUCCCCUUUGGCUACAACAUGACGCAGUUCAACCUCUGCCUGGACGUUUCCGUUCUAAAAGAUAACCUCUAUACUAUCUGCCAAAAAGUGGAUGAUGAUGACUUCCAGAAAAUCAUUCUGAAGAAGCUCAACCAGGCAUUCCCAUCUGGAGUUCCUGAUCAGGAAGUACAGAUGCUUGCUUCAGUCUCUCGCUCAGCAACACUUGAUGACAUCUCUAAGUGGAACAUCACUGAACUGGAUACCUUGGCAGCUCUGAUGAAACCUGAAGAUGGAACAUGGGAGACGGCACAGAGCAAAGCAAUCAUCACCAAGUACCUGAAUACCUCUGGAAAUUCACUGGGCAGCAGUGAACUGAACAUUAUUGACUCCAACCUGUGCUCACUGGACACCAGCACGUUACAGACCAUCACAGCAGACAGUAUCAGAAAUACCAAGCAUCUAGAUGUGGCAUCAUGUUCAACUGAGCAGAAGAGAGUCCUCUACGAGAUCAGCAACGCCUCCUUCAGCGUCCAUCGUGAUAAUCCGAUUAACUUUUUUAACCUGGUUAAAGGCUAUCUAGGUGGAGCAUCUCUGGUUGAUAUAAUAUCUUUGUCAAAACAAAAUAUAAGCAUGGAUGUGAAAACCUUCAUGAAACUAAACAUCAGUGUUAUAACUGAUUUAACUGUUUCCAACGUCCAGAAACUCAUGGGGGAACAUUUACCGGACCUAAAGUUGUUUGAGAACGACACUGUGAUUCAGAUGUGGGUAAACUUGCAACAACAGUCGGAUCUAGACAGAAUGGGUAUUGGUCUAUCUACCAACAGCUCGAUCCCUCCAACUACAAUGCCCACCCAGGAAACUAGUUUUACAAGUACUGGAACUGCAACUGGAACACGUUCUGACACACAAACAAAAACAUCCCUAACCACUUCUGACAUACCAGCACUUACUACCACGUACAGUUCAACCAUUCAUACUGUAAGCAGCUCAUGGAGGACAACUAACACUGUAACCAGUGCUGGAACAUCAACAGGUAAUUCUGUGGCUACUGUUGGAACAACAACCGUGAGUGCUGAGUCUCCUCCUUUCACAACAAGAGCAAAAGUUUCAAGUAGUACUGGAACUUCAACACAAGAUGCUGGAACAAUCACAAUGUUAGAAACAACUGUUGGAACGAGUUCCUUGAUAUCAAACCCUAAACCUGAAACAAGUGCUAGAACUUCAACAGGAAAUGCUUUGGCCAGUGCUAUGACAACAGUAGACUCCGAAAACAGUGUUCUCACAGCAACAACAAACUUAGCAAGUGCUGCAACAUCAUCAACAGGUGGUCCAACUGAUUCUUUGACAUCUCCAGAUUCUGAAUCUACCACUAGCACAACAAUGCCUUCUCCUACAACCAGUUCUGGAACAAUGAUGGCAGAAGAUACAAUUACUAGUGGGACGUCAACAACUACUGAAGCAACAAGCAGAGAGACACUGACCAGUGUUGAAAUCAGUGUUAGCACUGCAAGAAUGCAUACAUUAGCCAGUACCAGUACAGAACUAUCAAACACUGCAACCAGCCCUGUUACCCCAGAGCCUCCAACUGAAGGCAAGAGCAGUACAACAUCAACACCAGAUGCCACAACAACCCCUGAGACAGCAACAGCAGAUGUUUCACUUGGUACAUCAACAAAAAGCCUCACUGACUCUGAAACGCCAACAUUUGCUACCACAACCAAAUCUGUGUCAGCAACAAUUAAUACUGUAAGCAGGUCAUGGAGGACAACUAACACUGUAACCAGUGCUGGAACAUCAACAGGUAAUUCUGUGGCUACUGUUGGAACAACAACCGUGAGUGCUGAGUCUCCUCCUUUCACAACAAGAGCAAAAGUUUCAAGUAGUACUGGAACUUCAACACAAGAUGCUGGAACAAUCACAAUGUUAGAAACAACUGUUGGAACGAGUUCCUUGAUAUCAAACCCUAAACCUGAAACAAGUGCUAGAACUUCAACAGGAAAUGCUUUGGCCAGUGCUAUGACAACAGUAGACUCCGAAAACAGUGUUCUCACAGCAACAACAAACUUAGCAAGUGCUGCAACAUCAUCAUCAACAGGUGGUCCAACUGAUUCUUUGACAUCUCCAGAUUCUGAAUCUACCACUAGCACAACAAUGCCUUCUCCUACAACCAGUUCUGGAACAAUGAUGGCAGAAGAUACAACUACUAGUGGGACGUCAACAACUACUGAAGCAACAAGCAGAGAGACACUGACCAGUGUUGAAAUCAGUGUUAGCACUGCAAGAAUGCAUACAUUAGCCAGUACCAGUACAGAACUAUCAAACACUGCAACCAGCCCUGUUACCCCAGAGCCUCCAACUGAAGGCAAGAGCAGUACAACAUCAACACCAGAUGCCACAACAACCCCUGAGACAGCAACAGCAGAUGUUUCACUUGGUACACCAACAAAAAGCCUCACUGACUCUGAAACGCCAACAUUUGCUACCACAACCAAAUCUGUGUCAGCAACAAUUAAUACUGGGAGCAGCUCAUGGAGGACAACUAACACUGCAACAAGUGCUAGAACAUCAACAGGAGAUGCUUUGGCCAGUGCUAUGACAACAGUAGACUCCGAAAACAGUGUUCUCACAGCAACAACAAACUUAGCAAGUGCUGCAACAUCAUCAUCAACAGGUGGUCCAACUGAUUCUUUGACAUCUUCAGAUUCUGAAUCUACCACUAGCACAACAAUGCCUUCUCCUACAACCAGUUCUGGAACAAUGAUGCCAAUAGGUACAACUACGAGUGGGACGUCAACAACUACUGCAGCCACAGGAAGUGAGACUCAGACCACUCUCACAAUCAGUGCUACCACAACAACAACAAAAUCUUUAGCCAGUACCAGUACAGAACUAUCAAACACUGCAACCAGCCCUGUUACCCCAGAGCCUCUAACUGAAGGCAAGAGCAGUACAACAUCAACACCAGAUGCCACAACAACCUCUGAGACAGCAACAGCAGAUGUUUCACUUGGUACACCAACAAAAAGCCUCACUGACUCUGAAACGCCAACCUUAGGUACCAGUAACAGUCCUGGGUCAGCAUUAUCAUCUCCUGGCACUACUACUGUGACCCAGUCUUCCAACUACACACAGAACCUGACAUUGGCCUUUCUUGAGGCUGUGCUGGAUAAAAAUUUCUCCAUGUCGGCUGUUAGUGAUGAGGAUUUCCUGCUAUGGCUUAGGCUGCAACUCAGACCUUUGCUGGUCAAUCUCUCUCCAGCUAUGGUUAUUCACCUCUUUGGUAUUGUGAAAAACAGGAGCUGCAACAGCAGCCAAGAGAUGAUUUCAGUGCUUGAAACUGUGCAGAUGACACUCGGCGACGAAACCAAGGCAGAGAUCUACAAAAAUAUGAUCCUCUUCCUCCAAGAUCCAACGCCACUAAAGUGUUACAGUGGUGGAAGCUUCUACAUCUUCCUGAAGAACAACUUCCUCAGCUUUGGCUUUCCUGAUGUCCCGUCAUUCAUCUCUCUUCUUCCACCAACACGCAAAUCAGAGCUCCUAAAUACCAUUAGCACCUCAGAACUGCGUCAGUUCCUCAUUCAGCCUGGCGUAAUCAGUAACAGUUCAGGCAUCUGCAUCAUCUUCAGCAACUACAACAACACUCCUUCCUUCCUAGAAAACGAGGACGUCCCAGAUGAUGUGAGGAGGAUCAUCCUUCCCUGUGUUUGGCCUUUGGCUCUGAGCAGCAACAGAAGAUCUGAGGUUGAUCUGUGGUUUAACGUACGUUUGAGGAACUAUCUGAGGUUCCUCACCAAGGAUCUCAUCAGCUUCAACAGAGUGCAGAAUGCCUCGUGUCUCACCUUCCAAAAACUGGUGUUUUUUAUGGGGAAAAUCUUCACAUACACCAGUUCUGAGUUUGGACAGGAAGAUGUGUACACAACCAUCAGGAGUUUCCUGAGAGUCGGUUCUGGAGCCAGAUGCUACGAUCCCAGAGAUCCAGAGCUGAGUUCUACCUCCUGGUUUGUCAGCUACAUUGGCAGCUUUGUUACAUUUAUCACUUUGGAUGAUCUCACCAGCUUUAUCUCCACCUCUCAGCUGGAGAUAUUCCUGGAGGAUUACUCUAACCUGGAACUCUUCAACAACACAGCCAUCUCUAAAUACGUAACAGACUACUACAUCACCCAGCUCUAUGCAUUCAAGCCGAACUUCAGUCUAUUCAAGCUUCCAGGCUCUUUAUUAUGUUCCUCUGACAUCCCAAGCUCAGUAUUUUCCUCUCUUACUGAAUCUGAGACGAUGGUCAUCUUGGAAAAACUGAAGACAUUCUGUAAUGGGACAGAAGAUCCUGAGGUAUCUGCAGCUCUGACAUCCACCAUCAAGACCUUCACAAAGGAAACCUUUGAAGAACUUGGCAACGCCUCUUCAGCACUGACCAAAGAUCAGAUCCUUACAGUGCCAUCUUCUGUGCUGGUUUCCUCUUUGCCCACCCUGGGCUCUGUGAAAAACUGGGGCCAGGACCGGGCCACCACUGUCAUCCAGUCCAUCACCUCCUCAGGAUUUCAGGUCAACAGCGCAGCCUCUCUGGAGUCCCUGGGAACUCUUGUUGUUGGACUUCACUCAGAGUCAAUUCAAAAGAUCUCAGCUUCCGAAAUACUCAGCGCCUCCCAGAGGCCCAACGUCGUUUCCAACAUGCUGGAAGCCUCAAAGGUUGUCCAGGAGACUUUUGUCAGAAAGAUCAUUUCUGUGGACGCAAAUCCAGUUAAAUUGGUGGAGAAUGUCCCUGAUGUCCUAGCAAGUGAGAUCCCAUCUUCACUGCUGGUAUUUUCGGAGAGCACAGUCAACAUCAGCAUGAUGAACAAAAAGACGUGGACUCCAGAUCAGUCCGCCAUGUUUAUUUGGACAUUGGGUGAAUCAGGCUUUGACAUCGAACAGCUUUCGCCGUCUGUGCUGCAAGGCUUCAGUUGUUCAUCGGUUCAGAAAAUGUCUAAAGCCAAAAUCAAGCAGAUGAUUCGUGCCUGUCGACCGAGGAAAGGCAGAGCCAAGGUGGACCUGGAGGAACCUCAACUGACCUGCAUGUACAACCUGAUCCGUGACGACCUCUCUCAGAACUUCACAGAUUAUCCUCCAGACAUGCUUCUCUACUUGGAUAUUCAAGAUGUCCAGAAAGCAAACUGCAGGUCCUACUUUUCUGCCCUGGGUGCCGCAGACUUUUCUGUGGCCUCCAGCAUCUUGAACAAGGGCCCACAGAAGUUCAGGGAAGCUAGAGACUGCUUGGGGAUCAGUGGCGACAGCCUGAGCAGAGACAAUGUGGAGGUCCUGGGGAACAUGGUCUGCACUCUGGAUAGAUCCGACAUUGAGAAUUCAGAUCCUCUCAUCCUGGAAAACCUCAAAGCCUGCAAAGACCUCUCUGCCAGCCAGGUGGCUGCUAUGGAAACACUGCUGCUGUCUGGGAAAACACAAUACGGAUAUGUAACCAACUGGGACCAGCAAACACUGGAGGAUCUCAAGAUACUUCCCUUUUACUUUACAAGAACCUUCUGGGACCGGUUUACAAUUUCAAUGAAGAGGAAAUUCCUUAAGGGUUUUCUUCCAGACUUAAGGAAACAAAAUCCACACAAGAACAAGCUGAAGUACCUCUUCAAACAGAUCAGCCCAGUUUUAGUAAAAACAGGAGAAGGAUGCACUGAGGGCAACAUCACCCAGGUGACUGUUAGCGACCCGUCUUUCCCCUUUGGCUACAACAUGACGCAGUUCAACCUCUGCCUGGACGUUUCCGUUCUAAAAGAUAACCUCUAUACUAUCUGCCAAAAAGUGGAUGAUGAUGACUUCCAGAAAAUCAUUCUGAAGAAGCUCAACCAGGCAUUCCCAUCUGGAGUUCCUGAUCAGGAAGUACAGAUGCUUGCUUCAGUCUCUCGCUCAGCAACACUUGAUGACAUCUCUAAGUGGAACAUCACUGAACUGGAUACCUUGGCAGCUCUGAUGAAACCUGAAGAUGGAACAUGGGAGACGGCACAGAGCAAAGCAAUCAUCACCAAGUACCUGAAUACCUCUGGAAAUUCACUGGGCAGCAGUGAACUGAACAUUAUUGACUCCAACCUGUGCUCACUGGACACCAGCACGUUACAGACCAUCACAGCAGACAGUAUCAGAAAUACCAAGCAUCUAGAUGUGGCAUCAUGUUCAACUGAGCAGAAGAGAGUCCUCUACGAGAUCAGCAACGCCUCCUUCAGCGUCCAUCGUGAUAAUCCGAUUAACUUUUUUAACCUGGUUAAAGGCUAUCUAGGUGGAGCAUCUCUGGUUGAUAUAAUAUCUUUGUCAAAACAAAAUAUAAGCAUGGAUGUGAAAACCUUCAUGAAACUAAACAUCAGUGUUAUAACUGAUUUAACUGUUUCCAACGUCCAGAAACUCAUGGGGGAACAUUUACCGGACCUAAAGUUGUUUGAGAACGACACUGUGAUUCAGAUGUGGGUAAACUUGCAACAACAGUCGGAUCUAGACAGAAUGGGUAUUGGUCUAUCUACCAACAGCACGAUCCCUCCAACUACAAUGCCCACCCAGGAAACUAGUUUUACAAGUACUGGAACUGCAACUGGAACACGUUCUGACACACAAACAAAAACAUCCCUAACCACUUCUGACAUACCAGCACUUACUACCACGUACAGUUCAACCAUUCAUACUGUAAGCAGCUCAUGGAGGACAACUAACACUGUAACCAGUGCUGGAACAUCAACAGGUAAUUCUGUGGCUACUGUUGGAACAACAACCGUGAGUGCUGAGUCUCCUCCUUUCACAACAAGAGCAAAAGUUUCAAGUAGUACUGGAACUUCAACGCAAGAUGCUGGAACAAUCACAAUGUUAGAAACAACUGUUGGAACGAGUUCCUUGAUAUCAAACCCUAAACCUGAAACAAGUGCUAGAACUUCAACAGGAAAUGCUUUGGCCAGUGCUAUGACAACAGUAGACUCCGAAAACAGUGUUCUCACAGCAACAACAAACUUAGCAAGUGCUGCAACAUCAUCAUCAACAGGUGGUCCAACUGAUUCUUUGACAUCUCCAGAUUCUGAAUCUACCACUAGCACAACAAUGCCUUCUCCUACAACCAGUUCUGGAACAAUGAUGGCAGAAGAUACAACUACUAGUGGGACGUCAACAACUACUGAAGCAACAAGCAGAGAGACACUGACCAGUGUUGAAAUCAGUGUUAGCACUGCAAGAAUGCAUACAUUAGCCAGUACCAGUACAGAACUAUCAAACACUGCAACCAGCCCUGUUACCCCAGAGCCUCCAACUGAAGGCAAGAGCAGUACAACAUCAACACCAGAUGCCACAACAACCCCUGAGACAGCAACAGCAGAUGUUUCACUUGGUACACCAACAAAAAGCCUCACUGACUCUGAAACGCCAACAUUUGCUACCACAACCAAAUCUGUGUCAGCAACAAUUAAUACUGGGAGCAGCUCAUGGAGGACAACUAACACUGCAACAAGUGCUAGAACAUCAACAGGAGAUGCUUUGGCCAGUGCUAUGACAACAGUAGACUCCGAAAACAGUGUUCUCACAGCAACAACAAACUUAGCAAGUGCUGCAACAUCAUCAUCAACAGGUGGUCCAACUGAUUCUUUGACAUCUCCAGAUUCUGAAUCUACCACUAGCACAACAAUGCCUUCUCCUACAACCAGUUCUGGAACAAUGAUGGCAGAAGAUACAACUACUAGUGGGACGUCAACAACUACUGAAGCAACAAGCAGAGAGACACUGACCAGUGUUGAAAUCAGUGUUAGCACUGCAAGAAUGCAUACAUUAGCCAGUACCAGUACAGAACUAUCAAACACUGCAACCAGCCCUGUUACCCCAGAGCCUCCAACUGAAGGCAAGAGCAGUACAACAUCAACACCAGAUGCCACAACAACCCCUGAGACAGCAACAGCAGAUGUUUCACUUGGUACACCAACAAAAAGCCUCACUGACUCUGAAACGCCAACAUUUGCUACCACAACCAAAUCUGUGUCAGCAACAAUUAAUACUGGGAGCAGCUCAUGGAGGACAACUAACACUGCAACAAGUGCUAGAACAUCAACAGGAGAUGCUUUGGCCAGUGCUAUGACAACAGUAGACUCCGAAAACAGUGUUCUCACAGCAACAACAAACUUAGCAAGUGCUGCAACAUCAUCAUCAACAGGUGGUCCAACUGAUUCUUUGACAUCUUCAGAUUCUGAAUCUACCACUAGCACAACAAUGCCUUCUCCUACAACCAGUUCUGGAACAAUGAUGCCAAUAGGUACAACUACGAGUGGGACGUCAACAACUACUGCAGCCACAGGAAGUGAGACUCAGACCACUCUCACAAUCAGUGCUACCACAACAACAACAAAAUCUUUAGCCAGUACCAGUACAGAACUAUCAAACACUGCAACCAGCCCUGUUACCCCAGAGCCUCUAACUGAAGGCAAGAGCAGUACAACAUCAACACCAGAUGCCACAACAACCUCUGAGACAGCAACAGCAGAUGUUUCACUUGGUACACCAACAAAAAGCCUCACUGACUCUGAAACGCCAACCUUAGGUACCAGUAACAGUCCUGGGUCAGCAUUAUCAUCUCCUGGCACUACUACUGUGACCCAGUCUUCCAACUACACACAGAACCUGACAUUGGCCUUUCUUGAGGCUGUGCUGGAUAAAAAUUUCUCCAUGUCGGCUGUUAGUGAUGAGGAUUUCCUGCUAUGGCUUAGGCUGCAACUCAGACCUUUGCUGGUCAAUCUCUCUCCAGCUAUGGUUAUUCACCUCUUUGGUAUUGUGAAAAACAGGAGCUGCAACAGCAGCCAAGAGAUGAUUUCAGUGCUUGAAACUGUGCAGAUGACACUCGGCGACGAAACCAAGGCAGAGAUCUACAAAAAUAUGAUCCUCUUCCUCCAAGAUCCAACGCCACUAAAGUGUUACAGUGGUGGAAGCUUCUACAUCUUCCUGAAGAACAACUUCCUCAGCUUUGGCUUUCCUGAUGUCCCGUCAUUCAUCUCUCUUCUUCCACCAACACGCAAAUCAGAGCUCCUAAAUACCAUUAGCACCUCAGAACUGCGUCAGUUCCUCAUUCAGCCUGGCGUAAUCAGUAACAGUUCAGGCAUCUGCAUCAUCUUCAGCAACUACAACAACACUCCUUCCUUCCUAGAAAACGAGGACGUCCCAGAUGAUGUGAGGAGGAUCAUCCUUCCCUGUGUUUGGCCUUUGGCUCUGAGCAGCAACAGAAGAUCUGAGGUUGAUCUGUGGUUUAACGUACGUUUGAGGAACUAUCUGAGGUUCCUCACCAAGGAUCUCAUCAGCUUCAACAGAGUGCAGAAUGCCUCGUGUCUCACCUUCCAAAAACUGGUGUUUUUUAUGGGGAAAAUCUUCACAUACACCAGUUCUGAGUUUGGACAGGAAGAUGUGUACACAACCAUCAGGAGUUUCCUGAGAGUCGGUUCUGGAGCCAGAUGCUACGAUCCCAGAGAUCCAGAGCUGAGUUCUACCUCCUGGUUUGUCAGCUACAUUGGCAGCUUUGUUACAUUUAUCACUUUGGAUGAUCUCACCAGCUUUAUCUCCACCUCUCAGCUGGAGAUAUUCCUGGAGGAUUACUCUAACCUGGAACUCUUCAACAACACAGCCAUCUCUAAAUACGUAACAGACUACUACAUCACCCAGCUCUAUGCAUUCAAGCCGAACUUCAGUCUAUUCAAGCUUCCAGGCUCUUUAUUAUGUUCCUCUGACAUCCCAAGCUCAGUAUUUUCCUCUCUUACUGAAUCUGAGACGAUGGUCAUCUUGGAAAAACUGAAGACAUUCUGUAAUGGGACAGAAGAUCCUGAGGUAUCUGCAGCUCUGACAUCCACCAUCAAGACCUUCACAAAGGAAACCUUUGAAGAACUUGGCAACGCCUCUUCAGCACUGACCAAAGAUCAGAUCCUUACAGUGCCAUCUUCUGUGCUGGUUUCCUCUUUGCCCACCCUGGGCUCUGUGAAAAACUGGGGCCAGGACCGGGCCACCACUGUCAUCCAGUCCAUCACCUCCUCAGGAUUUCAGGUCAACAGCGCAGCCUCUCUGGAGUCCCUGGGAACUCUUGUUGUUGGACUUCACUCAGAGUCAAUUCAAAAGAUCUCAGCUUCCGAAAUACUCAGCGCCUCCCAGAGGCCCAACGUCGUUUCCAACAUGCUGGAAGCCUCAAAGGUUGUCCAGGAGACUUUUGUCAGAAAGAUCAUUUCUGUGGACGCAAAUCCAGUUAAAUUGGUGGAGAAUGUCCCUGAUGUCCUAGCAAGUGAGAUCCCAUCUUCACUGCUGGUAUUUUCGGAGAGCACAGUCAACAUCAGCAUGAUGAACAAAAAGACGUGGACUCCAGAUCAGUCCGCCAUGUUUAUUUGGACAUUGGGUGAAUCAGGCUUUGACAUCGAACAGCUUUCGCCGUCUGUGCUGCAAGGCUUCAGUUGUUCAUCGGUUCAGAAAAUGUCUAAAGCCAAAAUCAAGCAGAUGAUUCGUGCCUGUCGACCGAGGAAAGGCAGAGCCAAGGUGGACCUGGAGGAACCUCAACUGACCUGCAUGUACAACCUGAUCCGUGACGACCUCUCUCAGAACUUCACAGAUUAUCCUCCAGACAUGCUUCUCUACUUGGAUAUUCAAGAUGUCCAGAAAGCAAACUGCAGGUCCUACUUUUCUGCCCUGGGUGCCGCAGACUUUUCUGUGGCCUCCAGCAUCUUGAACAAGGGCCCACAGAAGUUCAGGGAAGCUAGAGACUGCUUGGGGAUCAGUGGCGACAGCCUGAGCAGAGACAAUGUGGAGGUCCUGGGGAACAUGGUCUGCACUCUGGAUAGAUCCGACAUUGAGAAUUCAGAUCCUCUCAUCCUGGAAAACCUCAAAGCCUGCAAAGACCUCUCUGCCAGCCAGGUGGCUGCUAUGGAAACACUGCUGCUGUCUGGGAAAACACAAUACGGAUAUGUAACCAACUGGGACCAGCAAACACUGGAGGAUCUCAAGAUACUUCCCUUUUACUUUACAAGAACCUUCUGGGACCGGUUUACAAUUUCAAUGAAGAGGAAAUUCCUUAAGGGUUUUCUUCCAGACUUAAGGAAACAAAAUCCACACAAGAACAAGCUGAAGUACCUCUUCAAACAGAUCAGCCCAGUUUUAGUAAAAACAGGAGAAGGAUGCACUGAGGGCAACAUCACCCAGGUGACUGUUAGCAACCCGUCUUUCCCCUUUGGCUACAACAUGACGCAGUUCAACCUCUGCCUGGACGUUUCCGUUCUAAAAGAUAACCUCUAUACUAUCUGCCAAAAAGUGGAUGAUGAUGACUUCCAGAAAAUCAUUCUGAAGAAGCUCAACCAGGCAUUCCCAUCUGGAGUUCCUGAUCAGGAAGUACAGAUGCUUGCUUCAGUCUCUCGCUCAGCAACACUUGAUGACAUCUCUAAGUGGAACAUCACUGAACUGGAUACCUUGGCAGCUCUGAUGAAACCUGAAGAUGGAACAUGGGAGACGGCACAGAGCAAAGCAAUCAUCACCAAGUACCUGAAUACCUCUGGAAAUUCACUGGGCAGCAGUGAACUGAACAUUAUUGACUCCAACCUGUGCUCACUGGACACCAGCACGUUACAGACCAUCACAGCAGACAGUAUCAGAAAUACCAAGCAUCUAGAUGUGGCAUCAUGUUCAACUGAGCAGAAGAGAGUCCUCUACGAGAUCAGCAACGCCUCCUUCAGCGUCCAUCGUGAUAAUCCGAUUAACUUUUUUAACCUGGUUAAAGGCUAUCUAGGUGGAGCAUCUCUGGUUGAUAUAAUAUCUUUGUCAAAACAAAAUAUAAGCAUGGAUGUGAAAACCUUCAUGAAACUAAACAUCAGUGUUAUAACUGAUUUAACUGUUUCCAACGUCCAGAAACUCAUGGGGGAACAUUUACCGGACCUAAAGUUGUUUGAGAACGACACUGUGAUUCAGAUGUGGGUAAACUUGCAACAACAGUCGGAUCUAGACAGAAUGGGUAUUGGUCUAUCUACCAACAGCACGAUCCCUCCAACUACAAUGCCCACCCAGGAAACUAGUUUUACAAGUACUGGAACUGCAACUGGAACACGUUCUGACACACAAACAAAAACAUCCCUAACCACUUCUGACAUACCAGCACUUACUACCACGUACAGUUCAACCAUUCAUACUGUAAGCAGCUCAUGGAGGACAACUAACACUGUAACCAGUGCUGGAACAUCAACAGGUAAUUCUGUGGCUACUGUUGGAACAACAACCGUGAGUGCUGAGUCUCCUCCUUUCACAACAAGAGCAAAAGUUUCAAGUAGUACUGGAACUUCAACGCAAGAUGCUGGAACAAUCACAAUGUUAGAAACAACUGUUGGAACGAGUUCCUUGAUAUCAAACCCUAAACCUGAAACAAGUGCUAGAACUUCAACAGGAAAUGCUUUGGCCAGUGCUAUGACAACAGUAGACUCCGAAAACAGUGUUCUCACAGCAACAACAAACUUAGCAAGUGCUGCAACAUCAUCAUCAACAGGUGGUCCAACUGAUUCUUUGACAUCUCCAGAUUCUGAAUCUACCACUAGCACAACAAUGCCUUCUCCUACAACCAGUUCUGGAACAAUGAUGGCAGAAGAUACAACUACUAGUGGGACGUCAACAACUACUGAAGCAACAAGCAGAGAGACACUGACCAGUGUUGAAAUCAGUGUUAGCACUGCAAGAAUGCAUACAUUAGCCAGUACCAGUACAGAACUAUCAAACACUGCAACCAGCCCUGUUACCCCAGAGCCUCCAACUGAAGGCAAGAGCAGUACAACAUCAACACCAGAUGCCACAACAACCCCUGAGACAGCAACAGCAGAUGUUUCACUUGGUACACCAACAAAAAGCCUCACUGACUCUGAAACGCCAACAUUUGCUACCACAACCAAAUCUGUGUCAGCAACAAUUAAUACUGGGAGCAGCUCAUGGAGGACAACUAACACUGCAACAAGUGCUGGAACAUCAACAGGAGAUGCUUUGGCCAGUGCUAUGACAACAGUAGACUCCGAAAACAGUGUUCUCACAGCAACAACAAACUUAGCAAGUGCUGCAACAUCAUCAUCAACAGGUGGUCCAACUGAUUCUUUGACAUCUUCAGAUUCUGAAUCUACCACUAGCACAACAAUGCCUUCUCCUACAACCAGUUCUGGAACAAUGAUGCCAAUAGGUACAACUACGAGUGGGACGUCAACAACUACUGCAGCCACAGGAAGUGAGACUCAGACCACUCUCACAAUCAGUGCUACCACAACAACAACAAAAUCUUUAACCAGUACCAGUACAGAACUAUCAAACACUGCAACCAGCCCUGUUACCCCAGAGCCUCCAACUGAAGGCAAGAGCAGUACAACAUCAACACCAGAUGCCACAACAACCCCUGAGACAGCAACAGCAGAUGUUUCACUUGGUACACCAACAAAAAGCCUCACUGACUCUGAAACGCCAACAUUUGCUACCACAACCAAAUCUGUGUCAGCAACAAUUAAUACUGUAAGCAGGUCAUGGAGGACAACUAACACUGUAACCAGUGCUGGAACAUCAACAGGUAAUUCUGUGGCUACUGUUGGAACAACAACCGUGAGUGCUGAGUCUCCUCCUUUCACAACAAGAGCAAAAGUUUCAAGUAGUACUGGAACUUCAACACAAGAUGCUGGAACAAUCACAAUGUUAGAAACAACUGUUGGAACGAGUUCCUUGAUAUCAAACCCUAAACCUGAAACAAGUGCUAGAACUUCAACAGGAAAUGCUUUGGCCAGUGCUAUGACAACAGUAGACUCCGAAAACAGUGUUCUCACAGCAACAACAAACUUAGCAAGUGCUGCAACAUCAUCAACAGGUGGUCCAACUGAUUCUUUGACAUCUCCAGAUUCUGAAUCUACCACUAGCACAACAAUGCCUUCUCCUACAACCAGUUCUGGAACAAUGAUGCCAAUAGGUACAACUACGAGUGGGACGUCAACAACUACUGCAGCCACAGGAAGUGAGACUCAGACCACUCUCACAAUCAGUGCUACCACAACAACAACAAAAUCUUUAGCCAGUACCAGUACAGAACUAUCAAACACUGCAACCAGCCCUGUUACCCCAGAGCCUCUAACUGAAGGCAAGAGCAGUACAACAUCAACACCAGAUGCCACAACAACCUCUGAGACAGCAACAGCAGAUGUUUCACUUGGUACACCAACAAAAAGCCUCACUGACUCUGAAACGCCAACCUUAGGUACCAGUAACAGUCCUGGGUCAGCAUUAUCAUCUCCUGGCACUACUACUGUGACCCAGUCUUCCAACUACACACAGAACCUGACAUUGGCCUUUCUUGAGGCUGUGCUGGAUAAAAAUUUCUCCAUGUCGGCUGUUAGUGAUGAGGAUUUCCUGCUAUGGCUUAGGCUGCAACUCAGACCUUUGCUGGUCAAUCUCUCUCCAGCUAUGGUUAUUCACCUCUUUGGUAUUGUGAAAAACAGGAGCUGCAACAGCAGCCAAGAGAUGAUUUCAGUGCUUGAAACUGUGCAGAUGACACUCGGCGACGAAACCAAGGCAGAGAUCUACAAAAAUAUGAUCCUCUUCCUCCAAGAUCCAACGCCACUAAAGUGUUACAGUGGUGGAAGCUUCUACAUCUUCCUGAAGAACAACUUCCUCAGCUUUGGCUUUCCUGAUGUCCCGUCAUUCAUCUCUCUUCUUCCACCAACACGCAAAUCAGAGCUCCUAAAUACCAUUAGCACCUCAGAACUGCGUCAGUUCCUCAUUCAGCCUGGCGUAAUCAGUAACAGUUCAGGCAUCUGCAUCAUCUUCAGCAACUACAACAACACUCCUUCCUUCCUAGAAAACGAGGACGUCCCAGAUGAUGUGAGGAGGAUCAUCCUUCCCUGUGUUUGGCCUUUGGCUCUGAGCAGCAACAGAAGAUCUGAGGUUGAUCUGUGGUUUAACGUACGUUUGAGGAACUAUCUGAGGUUCCUCACCAAGGAUCUCAUCAGCUUCAACAGAGUGCAGAAUGCCUCGUGUCUCACCUUCCAAAAACUGGUGUUUUUUAUGGGGAAAAUCUUCACAUACACCAGUUCUGAGUUUGGACAGGAAGAUGUGUACACAACCAUCAGGAGUUUCCUGAGAGUCGGUUCUGGAGCCAGAUGCUACGAUCCCAGAGAUCCAGAGCUGAGUUCUACCUCCUGGUUUGUCAGCUACAUUGGCAGCUUUGUUACAUUUAUCACUUUGGAUGAUCUCACCAGCUUUAUCUCCACCUCUCAGCUGGAGAUAUUCCUGGAGGAUUACUCUAACCUGGAACUCUUCAACAACACAGCCAUCUCUAAAUACGUAACAGACUACUACAUCACCCAGCUCUAUGCAUUCAAGCCGAACUUCAGUCUAUUCAAGCUUCCAGGCUCUUUAUUAUGUUCCUCUGACAUCCCAAGCUCAGUAUUUUCCUCUCUUACUGAAUCUGAGACGAUGGUCAUCUUGGAAAAACUGAAGACAUUCUGUAAUGGGACAGAAGAUCCUGAGGUAUCUGCAGCUCUGACAUCCACCAUCAAGACCUUCACAAAGGAAACCUUUGAAGAACUUGGCAACGCCUCUUCAGCACUGACCAAAGAUCAGAUCCUUACAGUGCCAUCUUCUGUGCUGGUUUCCUCUUUGCCCACCCUGGGCUCUGUGAAAAACUGGGGCCAGGACCGGGCCACCACUGUCAUCCAGUCCAUCACCUCCUCAGGAUUUCAGGUCAACAGCGCAGCCUCUCUGGAGUCCCUGGGAACUCUUGUUGUUGGACUUCACUCAGAGUCAAUUCAAAAGAUCUCAGCUUCCGAAAUACUCAGCGCCUCCCAGAGGCCCAACGUCGUUUCCAACAUGCUGGAAGCCUCAAAGGUUGUCCAGGAGACUUUUGUCAGAAAGAUCAUUUCUGUGGACGCAAAUCCAGUUAAAUUGGUGGAGAAUGUCCCUGAUGUCCUAGCAAGUGAGAUCCCAUCUUCACUGCUGGUAUUUUCGGAGAGCACAGUCAACAUCAGCAUGAUGAACAAAAAGACGUGGACUCCAGAUCAGUCCGCCAUGUUUAUUUGGACAUUGGGUGAAUCAGGCUUUGACAUCGAACAGCUUUCGCCGUCUGUGCUGCAAGGCUUCAGUUGUUCAUCGGUUCAGAAAAUGUCUAAAGCCAAAAUCAAGCAGAUGAUUCGUGCCUGUCGACCGAGGAAAGGCAGAGCCAAGGUGGACCUGGAGGAACCUCAACUGACCUGCAUGUACAACCUGAUCCGUGACGACCUCUCUCAGAACUUCACAGAUUAUCCUCCAGACAUGCUUCUCUACUUGGAUAUUCAAGAUGUCCAGAAAGCAAACUGCAGGUCCUACUUUUCUGCCCUGGGUGCCGCAGACUUUUCUGUGGCCUCCAGCAUCUUGAACAAGGGCCCACAGAAGUUCAGGGAAGCUAGAGACUGCUUGGGGAUCAGUGGCGACAGCCUGAGCAGAGACAAUGUGGAGGUCCUGGGGAACAUGGUCUGCACUCUGGAUAGAUCCGACAUUGAGAAUUCAGAUCCUCUCAUCCUGGAAAACCUCAAAGCCUGCAAAGACCUCUCUGCCAGCCAGGUGGCUGCUAUGGAAACACUGCUGCUGUCUGGGAAAACACAAUACGGAUAUGUAACCAACUGGGACCAGCAAACACUGGAGGAUCUCAAGAUACUUCCCUUUUACUUUACAAGAACCUUCUGGGACCGGUUUACAAUUUCAAUGAAGAGGAAAUUCCUUAAGGGUUUUCUUCCAGACUUAAGGAAACAAAAUCCACACAAGAACAAGCUGAAGUACCUCUUCAAACAGAUCAGCCCAGUUUUAGUAAAAACAGGAGAAGGAUGCACUGAGGGCAACAUCACCCAGGUGACUGUUAGCGACCCGUCUUUCCCCUUUGGCUACAACAUGACGCAGUUCAACCUCUGCCUGGACGUUUCCGUUCUAAAAGAUAACCUCUAUACUAUCUGCCAAAAAGUGGAUGAUGAUGACUUCCAGAAAAUCAUUCUGAAGAAGCUCAACCAGGCAUUCCCAUCUGGAGUUCCUGAUCAGGAAGUACAGAUGCUUGCUUCAGUCUCUCGCUCAGCAACACUUGAUGACAUCUCUAAGUGGAACAUCACUGAACUGGAUACCUUGGCAGCUCUGAUGAAACCUGAAGAUGGAACAUGGGAGACGGCACAGAGCAAAGCAAUCAUCACCAAGUACCUGAAUACCUCUGGAAAUUCACUGGGCAGCAGUGAACUGAACAUUAUUGACUCCAACCUGUGCUCACUGGACACCAGCACGUUACAGACCAUCACAGCAGACAGUAUCAGAAAUACCAAGCAUCUAGAUGUGGCAUCAUGUUCAACUGAGCAGAAGAGAGUCCUCUACGAGAUCAGCAACGCCUCCUUCAGCGUCCAUCGUGAUAAUCCGAUUAACUUUUUUAACCUGGUUAAAGGCUAUCUAGGUGGAGCAUCUCUGGUUGAUAUAAUAUCUUUGUCAAAACAAAAUAUAAGCAUGGAUGUGAAAACCUUCAUGAAACUAAACAUCAGUGUUAUAACUGAUUUAACUGUUUCCAACGUCCAGAAACUCAUGGGGGAACAUUUACCGGACCUAAAGUUGUUUGAGAACGACACUGUGAUUCAGAUGUGGGUAAACUUGCAACAACAGUCGGAUCUAGACAGAAUGGGUAUUGGUCUAUCUACCAACAGCACGAUCCCUCCAACUACAAUGCCCACCCAGGAAACUAGUUUUACAAGUACUGGAACUGCAACUGGAACACGUUCUGACACACAAACAAAAACAUCCCUAACCACUUCUGACAUACCAGCACUUACUACCACGUACAGUUCAACCAUUCAUACUGUAAGCAGCUCAUGGAGGACAACUAACACUGUAACCAGUGCUGGAACAUCAACAGGUAAUUCUGUGGCUACUGUUGGAACAACAACCGUGAGUGCUGAGUCUCCUCCUUUCACAACAAGAGCAAAAGUUUCAAGUAGUACUGGAACUUCAACGCAAGAUGCUGGAACAAUCACAAUGUUAGAAACAACUGUUGGAACGAGUUCCUUGAUAUCAAACCCUAAACCUGAAACAAGUGCUAGAACUUCAACAGGAAAUGCUUUGGCCAGUGCUAUGACAACAGUAGACUCCGAAAACAGUGUUCUCACAGCAACAACAAACUUAGCAAGUGCUGCAACAUCAUCAUCAACAGGUGGUCCAACUGAUUCUUUGACAUCUCCAGAUUCUGAAUCUACCACUAGCACAACAAUGCCUUCUCCUACAACCAGUUCUGGAACAAUGAUGGCAGAAGAUACAACUACUAGUGGGACGUCAACAACUACUGAAGCAACAAGCAGAGAGACACUGACCAGUGUUGAAAUCAGUGUUAGCACUGCAAGAAUGCAUACAUUAGCCAGUACCAGUACAGAACUAUCAAACACUGCAACCAGCCCUGUUACCCCAGAGCCUCCAACUGAAGGCAAGAGCAGUACAACAUCAACACCAGAUGCCACAACAACCCCUGAGACAGCAACAGCAGAUGUUUCACUUGGUACACCAACAAAAAGCCUCACUGACUCUGAAACGCCAACAUUUGCUACCACAACCAAAUCUGUGUCAGCAACAAUUAAUACUGGGAGCAGCUCAUGGAGGACAACUAACACUGCAACAAGUGCUAGAACAUCAACAGGAGAUGCUCUGGCCAGUGCUAUGACAACAGUAGACUCCGAAAACAGUGUUCUCACAGCAACAACAAACUUAGCAAGUGCUGCAACAUCAUCAACAGGUGGUCCAACUAAUUCUUUGACAUCUCCAGAUUCUGAAUCUACCACUAGCACAACAAUGCCUUCUCCUACAACCAGUUCUGGAACAAUGAUGGCAGAAGAUACAACUACUAGUGGGACGUCAACAACUACUGAAGCAACAAGCAGAGAGACACUGACCAGUGUUGAAAUCAGUGUUAGCACUGCAAGAAUGCAUACAUUAGCCAGUACCAGUACAGAACUAUCAAACACUGCAACCAGCCCUGUUACCCCAGAGCCUCCAACUGAAGGCAAGAGCAGUACAACAUCAACACCAGAUGCCACAACAACCCCUGAGACAGCAACAGCAGAUGUUUCACUUGGUACACCAACAAAAAGCCUCACUGACUCUGAAACGCCAACAUUUGCUACCACAACCAAAUCUGUGUCAGCAACAAUUAAUACUGUAAGCAGGUCAUGGAGGACAACUAACACUGUAACCAGUGCUGGAACAUCAACAGGUAAUUCUGUGGCUACUGUUGGAACAACAACCGUGAGUGCUGAGUCUCCUCCUUUCACAACAAGAGCAAAAGUUUCAAGUAGUACUGGAACUUCAACACAAGAUGCUGGAACAAUCACAAUGUUAGAAACAACUGUUGGAACGAGUUCCUUGAUAUCAAACCCUAAACCUGAAACAAGUGCUAGAACUUCAACAGGAAAUGCUUUGGCCAGUGCUAUGACAACAGUAGACUCCGAAAACAGUGUUCUCACAGCAACAACAAACUUAGCAAGUGCUGCAACAUCAUCAACAGGUGGUCCAACUGAUUCUUUGACAUCUCCAGAUUCUGAAUCUACCACUAGCACAACAAUGCCUUCUCCUACAACCAGUUCUGGAACAAUGAUGCCAAUAGGUACAACUACGAGUGGGACGUCAACAACUACUGCAGCCACAGGAAGUGAGACUCAGACCACUCUCACAAUCAGUGCUACCACAACAACAACAAAAUCUUUAGCCAGUACCAGUACAGAACUAUCAAACACUGCAACCAGCCCUGUUACCCCAGAGCCUCUAACUGAAGGCAAGAGCAGUACAACAUCAACACCAGAUGCCACAACAACCUCUGAGACAGCAACAGCAGAUGUUUCACUUGGUACACCAACAAAAAGCCUCACUGACUCUGAAACGCCAACCUUAGGUACCAGUAACAGUCCUGGGUCAGCAUUAUCAUCUCCUGGCACUACUACUGUGACCCAGUCUUCCAACUACACACAGAACCUGACAUUGGCCUUUCUUGAGGCUGUGCUGGAUAAAAAUUUCUCCAUGUCGGCUGUUAGUGAUGAGGAUUUCCUGCUAUGGCUUAGGCUGCAACUCAGACCUUUGCUGGUCAAUCUCUCUCCAGCUAUGGUUAUUCACCUCUUUGGUAUUGUGAAAAACAGGAGCUGCAACAGCAGCCAAGAGAUGAUUUCAGUGCUUGAAACUGUGCAGAUGACACUCGGCGACGAAACCAAGGCAGAGAUCUACAAAAAUAUGAUCCUCUUCCUCCAAGAUCCAACGCCACUAAAGUGUUACAGUGGUGGAAGCUUCUACAUCUUCCUGAAGAACAACUUCCUCAGCUUUGGCUUUCCUGAUGUCCCGUCAUUCAUCUCUCUUCUUCCACCAACACGCAAAUCAGAGCUCCUAAAUACCAUUAGCACCUCAGAACUGCGUCAGUUCCUCAUUCAGCCUGGCGUAAUCAGUAACAGUUCAGGCAUCUGCAUCAUCUUCAGCAACUACAACAACACUCCUUCCUUCCUAGAAAACGAGGACGUCCCAGAUGAUGUGAGGAGGAUCAUCCUUCCCUGUGUUUGGCCUUUGGCUCUGAGCAGCAACAGAAGAUCUGAGGUUGAUCUGUGGUUUAACGUACGUUUGAGGAACUAUCUGAGGUUCCUCACCAAGGAUCUCAUCAGCUUCAACAGAGUGCAGAAUGCCUCGUGUCUCACCUUCCAAAAACUGGUGUUUUUUAUGGGGAAAAUCUUCACAUACACCAGUUCUGAGUUUGGACAGGAAGAUGUGUACACAACCAUCAGGAGUUUCCUGAGAGUCGGUUCUGGAGCCAGAUGCUACGAUCCCAGAGAUCCAGAGCUGAGUUCUACCUCCUGGUUUGUCAGCUACAUUGGCAGCUUUGUUACAUUUAUCACUUUGGAUGAUCUCACCAGCUUUAUCUCCACCUCUCAGCUGGAGAUAUUCCUGGAGGAUUACUCUAACCUGGAACUCUUCAACAACACAGCCAUCUCUAAAUACGUAACAGACUACUACAUCACCCAGCUCUAUGCAUUCAAGCCGAACUUCAGUCUAUUCAAGCUUCCAGGCUCUUUAUUAUGUUCCUCUGACAUCCCAAGCUCAGUAUUUUCCUCUCUUACUGAAUCUGAGACGAUGGUCAUCUUGGAAAAACUGAAGACAUUCUGUAAUGGGACAGAAGAUCCUGAGGUAUCUGCAGCUCUGACAUCCACCAUCAAGACCUUCACAAAGGAAACCUUUGAAGAACUUGGCAACGCCUCUUCAGCACUGACCAAAGAUCAGAUCCUUACAGUGCCAUCUUCUGUGCUGGUUUCCUCUUUGCCCACCCUGGGCUCUGUGAAAAACUGGGGCCAGGACCGGGCCACCACUGUCAUCCAGUCCAUCACCUCCUCAGGAUUUCAGGUCAACAGCGCAGCCUCUCUGGAGUCCCUGGGAACUCUUGUUGUUGGACUUCACUCAGAGUCAAUUCAAAAGAUCUCAGCUUCCGAAAUACUCAGCGCCUCCCAGAGGCCCAACGUCGUUUCCAACAUGCUGGAAGCCUCAAAGGUUGUCCAGGAGACUUUUGUCAGAAAGAUCAUUUCUGUGGACGCAAAUCCAGUUAAAUUGGUGGAGAAUGUCCCUGAUGUCCUAGCAAGUGAGAUCCCAUCUUCACUGCUGGUAUUUUCGGAGAGCACAGUCAACAUCAGCAUGAUGAACAAAAAGACGUGGACUCCAGAUCAGUCCGCCAUGUUUAUUUGGACAUUGGGUGAAUCAGGCUUUGACAUCGAACAGCUUUCGCCGUCUGUGCUGCAAGGCUUCAGUUGUUCAUCGGUUCAGAAAAUGUCUAAAGCCAAAAUCAAGCAGAUGAUUCGUGCCUGUCGACCGAGGAAAGGCAGAGCCAAGGUGGACCUGGAGGAACCUCAACUGACCUGCAUGUACAACCUGAUCCGUGACGACCUCUCUCAGAACUUCACAGAUUAUCCUCCAGACAUGCUUCUCUACUUGGAUAUUCAAGAUGUCCAGAAAGCAAACUGCAGGUCCUACUUUUCUGCCCUGGGUGCCGCAGACUUUUCUGUGGCCUCCAGCAUCUUGAACAAGGGCCCACAGAAGUUCAGGGAAGCUAGAGACUGCUUGGGGAUCAGUGGCGACAGCCUGAGCAGAGACAAUGUGGAGGUCCUGGGGAACAUGGUCUGCACUCUGGAUAGAUCCGACAUUGAGAAUUCAGAUCCUCUCAUCCUGGAAAACCUCAAAGCCUGCAAAGACCUCUCUGCCAGCCAGGUGGCUGCUAUGGAAACACUGCUGCUGUCUGGGAAAACACAAUACGGAUAUGUAACCAACUGGGACCAGCAAACACUGGAGGAUCUCAAGAUACUUCCCUUUUACUUUACAAGAACCUUCUGGGACCGGUUUACAAUUUCAAUGAAGAGGAAAUUCCUUAAGGGUUUUCUUCCAGACUUAAGGAAACAAAAUCCACACAAGAACAAGCUGAAGUACCUCUUCAAACAGAUCAGCCCAGUUUUAGUAAAAACAGGAGAAGGAUGCACUGAGGGCAACAUCACCCAGGUGACUGUUAGCGACCCGUCUUUCCCCUUUGGCUACAACAUGACGCAGUUCAACCUCUGCCUGGACGUUUCCGUUCUAAAAGAUAACCUCUAUACUAUCUGCCAAAAAGUGGAUGAUGAUGACUUCCAGAAAAUCAUUCUGAAGAAGCUCAACCAGGCAUUCCCAUCUGGAGUUCCUGAUCAGGAAGUACAGAUGCUUGCUUCAGUCUCUCGCUCAGCAACACUUGAUGACAUCUCUAAGUGGAACAUCACUGAACUGGAUACCUUGGCAGCUCUGAUGAAACCUGAAGAUGGAACAUGGGAGACGGCACAGAGCAAAGCAAUCAUCACCAAGUACCUGAAUACCUCUGGAAAUUCACUGGGCAGCAGUGAACUGAACAUUAUUGACUCCAACCUGUGCUCACUGGACACCAGCACGUUACAGACCAUCACAGCAGACAGUAUCAGAAAUACCAAGCAUCUAGAUGUGGCAUCAUGUUCAACUGAGCAGAAGAGAGUCCUCUACGAGAUCAGCAACGCCUCCUUCAGCGUCCAUCGUGAUAAUCCGAUUAACUUUUUUAACCUGGUUAAAGGCUAUCUAGGUGGAGCAUCUCUGGUUGAUAUAAUAUCUUUGUCAAAACAAAAUAUAAGCAUGGAUGUGAAAACCUUCAUGAAACUAAACAUCAGUGUUAUAACUGAUUUAACUGUUUCCAACGUCCAGAAACUCAUGGGGGAACAUUUACCGGACCUAAAGUUGUUUGAGAACGACACUGUGAUUCAGAUGUGGGUAAACUUGCAACAACAGUCGGAUCUAGACAGAAUGGGUAUUGGUCUAUCUACCAACAGCACGAUCCCUCCAACUACAAUGCCCACCCAGGAAACUAGUUUUACAAGUACUGGAACUGCAACUGGAACACGUUCUGACACACAAACAAAAACAUCCCUAACCACUUCUGACAUACCAGCACUUACUACCACGUACAGUUCAACCAUUCAUACUGUAAGCAGCUCAUGGAGGACAACUAACACUGUAACCAGUGCUGGAACAUCAACAGGUAAUUCUGUGGCUACUGUUGGAACAACAACCGUGAGUGCUGAGUCUCCUCCUUUCACAACAAGAGCAAAAGUUUCAAGUAGUACUGGAACUUCAACGCAAGAUGCUGGAACAAUCACAAUGUUAGAAACAACUGUUGGAACGAGUUCCUUGAUAUCAAACCCUAAACCUGAAACAAGUGCUAGAACUUCAACAGGAAAUGCUUUGGCCAGUGCUAUGACAACAGUAGACUCCGAAAACAGUGUUCUCACAGCAACAACAAACUUAGCAAGUGCUGCAACAUCAUCAACAGGUGGUCCAACUGAUUCUUUGACAUCUCCAGAUUCUGAAUCUACCACUAGCACAACAAUGCCUUCUCCUACAACCAGUUCUGGAACAAUGAUGGCAGAAGAUACAACUACUAGUGGGACGUCAACAACUACUGAAGCAACAAGCAGAGAGACACUGACCAGUGUUGAAAUCAGUGUUAGCACUGCAAGAAUGCAUACAUUAGCCAGUACCAGUACAGAACUAUCAAACACUGCAACCAGCCCUGUUACCCCAGAGCCUCCAACUGAAGGCAAGAGCAGUACAACAUCAACACCAGAUGCCACAACAACCCCUGAGACAGCAACAGCAGAUGUUUCACUUGGUACACCAACAAAAAGCCUCACUGACUCUGAAACGCCAACAUUUGCUACCACAACCAAAUCUGUGUCAGCAACAAUUAAUACUGGGAGCAGCUCAUGGAGGACAACUAACACUGCAACAAGUGCUGGAACAUCAACAGGAGAUGCUUUGGCCAGUGCUAUGACAACAGUAGACUCCGAAAACAGUGUUCUCACAGCAACAACAAACUUAGCAAGUGCUGCAACAUCAUCAUCAACAGGUGGUCCAACUGAUUCUUUGACAUCUUCAGAUUCUGAAUCUACCACUAGCACAACAAUGCCUUCUCCUACAACCAGUUCUGGAACAAUGAUGCCAAUAGGUACAACUACGAGUGGGACGUCAACAACUACUGCAGCUACAGGAAGUGAGACUCAGACCACUCUCACAAUCAGUGCUACCACAACAACAACAAAAUCUUUAGCCAGUACCAGUACAGAACUAUCAAACACUGCAACCAGCCCUGUUACCCCAGAGCCUCUAACUGAAGGCAAGAGCAGUACAACAUCAACACCAGAUGCCACAACAACCUCUGAGACAGCAACAGCAGAUGUUUCACUUGGUACACCAACAAAAAGCCUCACUGACUCUGAAACGCCAACCUUAGGUACCAGUAACAGUCCUGGGUCAGCAUUAUCAUCUCCUGGCACUACUACUGUGACCCAGUCUUCCAACUACACACAGAACCUGACAUUGGCCUUUCUUGAGGCUGUGCUGGAUAAAAAUUUCUCCAUGUCGGCUGUUAGUGAUGAGGAUUUCCUGCUAUGGCUUAGGCUGCAACUCAGACCUUUGCUGGUCAAUCUCUCUCCAGCUAUGGUUAUUCACCUCUUUGGUAUUGUGAAAAACAGGAGCUGCAACAGCAGCCAAGAGAUGAUUUCAGUGCUUGAAACUGUGCAGAUGACACUCGGCGACGAAACCAAGGCAGAGAUCUACAAAAAUAUGAUCCUCUUCCUCCAAGAUCCAACGCCACUAAAGUGUUACAGUGGUGGAAGCUUCUACAUCUUCCUGAAGAACAACUUCCUCAGCUUUGGCUUUCCUGAUGUCCCGUCAUUCAUCUCUCUUCUUCCACCAACACGCAAAUCAGAGCUCCUAAAUACCAUUAGCACCUCAGAACUGCGUCAGUUCCUCAUUCAGCCUGGCGUAAUCAGUAACAGUUCAGGCAUCUGCAUCAUCUUCAGCAACUACAACAACACUCCUUCCUUCCUAGAAAACGAGGACGUCCCAGAUGAUGUGAGGAGGAUCAUCCUUCCCUGUGUUUGGCCUUUGGCUCUGAGCAGCAACAGAAGAUCUGAGGUUGAUCUGUGGUUUAACGUACGUUUGAGGAACUAUCUGAGGUUCCUCACCAAGGAUCUCAUCAGCUUCAACAGAGUGCAGAAUGCCUCGUGUCUCACCUUCCAAAAACUGGUGUUUUUUAUGGGGAAAAUCUUCACAUACACCAGUUCUGAGUUUGGACAGGAAGAUGUGUACACAACCAUCAGGAGUUUCCUGAGAGUCGGUUCUGGAGCCAGAUGCUACGAUCCCAGAGAUCCAGAGCUGAGUUCUACCUCCUGGUUUGUCAGCUACAUUGGCAGCUUUGUUACAUUUAUCACUUUGGAUGAUCUCACCAGCUUUAUCUCCACCUCUCAGCUGGAGAUAUUCCUGGAGGAUUACUCUAACCUGGAACUCUUCAACAACACAGCCAUCUCUAAAUACGUAACAGACUACUACAUCACCCAGCUCUAUGCAUUCAAGCCGAACUUCAGUCUAUUCAAGCUUCCAGGCUCUUUAUUAUGUUCCUCUGACAUCCCAAGCUCAGUAUUUUCCUCUCUUACUGAAUCUGAGACGAUGGUCAUCUUGGAAAAACUGAAGACAUUCUGUAAUGGGACAGAAGAUCCUGAGGUAUCUGCAGCUCUGACAUCCACCAUCAAGACCUUCACAAAGGAAACCUUUGAAGAACUUGGCAACGCCUCUUCAGCACUGACCAAAGAUCAGAUCCUUACAGUGCCAUCUUCUGUGCUGGUUUCCUCUUUGCCCACCCUGGGCUCUGUGAAAAACUGGGGCCAGGACCGGGCCACCACUGUCAUCCAGUCCAUCACCUCCUCAGGAUUUCAGGUCAACAGCGCAGCCUCUCUGGAGUCCCUGGGAACUCUUGUUGUUGGACUUCACUCAGAGUCAAUUCAAAAGAUCUCAGCUUCCGAAAUACUCAGCGCCUCCCAGAGGCCCAACGUCGUUUCCAACAUGCUGGAAGCCUCAAAGGUUGUCCAGGAGACUUUUGUCAGAAAGAUCAUUUCUGUGGACGCAAAUCCAGUUAAAUUGGUGGAGAAUGUCCCUGAUGUCCUAGCAAGUGAGAUCCCAUCUUCACUGCUGGUAUUUUCGGAGAGCACAGUCAACAUCAGCAUGAUGAACAAAAAGACGUGGACUCCAGAUCAGUCCGCCAUGUUUAUUUGGACAUUGGGUGAAUCAGGCUUUGACAUCGAACAGCUUUCGCCGUCUGUGCUGCAAGGCUUCAGUUGUUCAUCGGUUCAGAAAAUGUCUAAAGCCAAAAUCAAGCAGAUGAUUCGUGCCUGUCGACCGAGGAAAGGCAGAGCCAAGGUGGACCUGGAGGAACCUCAACUGACCUGCAUGUACAACCUGAUCCGUGACGACCUCUCUCAGAACUUCACAGAUUAUCCUCCAGACAUGCUUCUCUACUUGGACUCCAAAAAUGUCCAGAAAGCAAACUGCAGGUCCUACUUUUCUGCCCUGGGUGCCGCAGACUUUUCUGUGGCCUCCAGCAUCUUGAACAAGGGCCCACAGAAGUUCAGGGAAGCUAGAGACUGCUUGGGGAUCAGUGGCGACAGCCUGAGCAGAGACAAUGUGGAGGUCCUGGGGAACAUGGUCUGCACUCUGGAUAGAUCCGACAUUGAGAAUUCAGAUCCUCUCAUCCUGGAAAACCUCAAAGCCUGCAAAGACCUCUCUGCCAGCCAGGUGGCUGCUAUGGAAACACUGCUGCUGUCUGGGAAAACACAAUACGGAGCUGUAAACAGCUGGGACCAACAGACACUAGAGGGGCUGGGAACACUUCCUUUGUAUUUAACAAGAAACAUCUGGACACAUUUCACAGCUGCAACACAGAAAAGAUUCCUUAAGGGUUUCAUGCCUGACCUAAGGAUACAAAAAACACAGAAGUGGAAGCUCAAGAACCUGUUUUCACAGCUCACCCUUACAGCAGCAAAACGAGAAGCAGGAUGCAGUGAGGGGAACAUCACCCAGGUGACCGUCAGUGACCCUUCCUUCCCCUUUGGCUACAAUCAGCUGCAGUUUCAACUCUGCCUGGACGUUCCCAUUCUGAAAGACAACCUCUACUCCAUCUGCCAGAAAGUGGAUGAUGAUGGUUAUAAAAGCAUCAUCCUCAAUAAACUCAACCAGGCAUUCCCAUCUGGAGUUCCUGAUCAGGAAGUACAGAUGCUUGCUUCAGUCUCUCGCUCAGCAACACUUGAUGACAUCUCUAAGUGGAACAUCACUGAACUGGAUACCUUGGCAGCUCUGAUGAAACCUGAAGAUGGAACAUGGGAGACGGCACAGAGCAAAGCAAUCAUCACCAAGUACCUGAAUACCUCUGGAAAUUCACUGGGCAGCAGUGAACUGAACAUUAUUGACUCCAACCUGUGCUCACUGGACACCAGCACGUUACAGACCAUCACAGCAGACAGUAUCAGAAAUACCAAGCAUCUAGAUGUGGCAUCAUGUUCAACUGAGCAGAAGAGAGUCCUCUACGAGAUCAGCAACACCUCCUUCAGCGUCCAUCGUGAUAAUCCGAUUAACCUUUUUAACCUGGUUAAAGGCUAUCUAGGUGGAGCACCUCAAGCAGAUAUUGCAGCGUUAUCAAGACAGAACAUCAGCAUGGAUGUCAACACUUUCAGGAGUCUGGAUAUCAAUGUGAUAACUAAUCUGACUGUGGCCAACGUCCAAGGUCUGAUGGGUGAAAACCUACGAGAUCUCAAGCUGUUUGAGAAUGAUACUGUGGUUCAGACCUGGGUGAACCUACAGCUACAGUCUGACCUGGACAAACUGGAUUUGAAUCUAAUCACCACUAGGGCAGACCCAACAGUACCAACCGCUACAAACAGCACUGAGCCACAAGGAAACACAAACAGUUCAAGUACAACCCCGGCCAGUACAGCAAUAUCAUCCCAAUCUGCAACCACCAGUGGUGUCCUGGAGUUCACAAAAUCACCAGUCUCUGUUCUCCUGACUGCUCUGCUCACAGCUGCUCUACAAAUAAUCCUACAACCAGCCUAAUUAUUGCACUGCUGCAAUAACUCAGGCAAUGCUUUCAUACAGCCUACAGUUAUUAUCACUAUUAGCUCUAUUAUUUACUCACAUGUACAAAAAAUACUUCAUCUCACCUUUUCGAUGUCUUUAUUAGCAUCAUGAAACUAAUCUAUCUAAGAAGAAUCAUUUAAAUCUUUACAUAACUAGUUAAUGGAAAUUAGGGGAAAAUUAAAAAGAACAUUCAUAUAAAGUGCUAAAUCAUGAUACAAUUAAUUGCAUUGGUUUUUAUCCUUCCAGAUGUAAUUCUUUUCUUCCUGUACUUUGUCCUGUACUUUAAACAUUAUCUAAAUAAAUAAAUGUAUAUGAAUAAACAUG